AUGAUUUUUCAUUACUGUUUGUAUUCCAUAUCUAUUAUCAGCAUCCGUGUUCAACCAAACACGUCCUAAAUAAAUUAUUCAGCUAAUUAACACGAUGAUCUUUGAUUUACAAUAUCAAACAACCUGGUCAACUACGAAUCGAUGAAAAGUCAACGAUUUGUCGAUGAUAUACGUUUCUGCUUACGUUUCAUGGAAAACACUUUCUAGUUCUACAAGGGAAAUCUCUCUCUCGGAUCACAUAUCUAUCUCCAAUAAUCUUCUUAUUUUUGGAGUAGCCAAACUGCAGCAAUCUUUUAAUCAAUUUACUUUUUGGGUUGAUCGACUUUAACCUCGCAAAAAAGAAAUGAGUACAGGGGAGCUUCUCAACGUCGAGCCUGUGGAGCUCAAAUUCCCUUUCGAACUGAAGAAACAGAUAUCUUGCUCCAUUCAGUUGUCGAAUAAGACAGAGAAUCAUGUAGCUUUCAAGGUGAAGACUACGAAUCCGAAGAAGUACUGUGUUCGUCCGAAUAGUGGAGUUGUCUUGCCUCGAUCAACCUGUGACGUCACAGUAACGAUGCAAUCUCAGAAGGAAGCCCCUGUUGACUUGCAAUGUAAGGAUAAGUUUCUCCUUCAGAGUGUGGUUGCAGGUCCAGGGGCAACCGCAAAAGAUGUUACCCCUGAAAUGUUCAGUAAGGAGGCAGGACAUGCUGUUGAAGAGUGCAAAUUGAGAGUUAUUUAUCUUCCUCCACCCCAACGACCUUCACCAGUUCCAGAAGAAGAACCAGAGGAAGGAUCUUCACCAAAAGCUACAAUAUCCAAUAAUGGGAAUUCUUCUAGUGGCUCUGAGAUGAAAUCGCUUAUUUCAAAGUUGACAGAUGAGAAAGAUGCUGCUAUCAAACAAAGUAACAGAAUCCGUCAAGAAAUGGAACUAUUGAGGCGUGGAGGCAACAAAACUCAAGCUGCUGGUUUCUCCUUCAUCUUUGUUAUUGUGGUGGGGUUGAUCGGUCUACUUUUGGGUUACAUCAUCAAGAAUAUUAUGACAUUAGAACUUGAAAGAGGCGUGUGAUAGAUUAAUCCAUACCAUGCAUACGCCUUUUGAAUGCGUUGGUAACCAUUUUUCUACUCACAACAAUACUCCGGAUGGAAAGGGUUAAUUGUACAUUAUCUUGUUUUUCAAUAUUCACUUCUAACAAGUUAUUCAAUGCAAUGAAGUCUAGGUUUGUUUAUGCAAAAAUUUCCAAGCUAAAAUGAAAUUCUGAUUCUAAAAUUAAAAUAUAG